AUGGGAGACCAGAGGUCAGUCCAGCCCCUGCUUCUCCUGCUGCUGCUCCUGCUGCUCCUAGCCAGGAUGUCACAGCUGUGGGCCUUCCCCUUCAGCCCGUCCCUGGACCUGGAUGUCACUCCCAGGACUACUGUCCUCUCCAAAGGCUUGUUAGGGGGCGCCCGUUUCACCGGCUUGUCCCAGAACUACAGCACCCUCCUGCUGGAGGACGAGGCCGGGCUGCUUUAUGUGGGAGGCAGAGGAGCUCUGUACGCACUUAACACCUCCAACAUCUCCACACCUGCCAACCUCACGAUUGAUUGGGAUGCUUCCCCUGAACAGAAGAAGCAGUGUCUAAACAAAGGCAGAAACAAUCAGACUGAGUGUUACAAUCACAUCCGCUUUCUGCAGCGAUACAAUGAGACUCACCUGUAUGCCUGUGGAACAAACGCCUUCAGACCUCUGUGUGCUUACAUAGAUGCAGAGCGGUUCAACUUCUCCUCAGGCUUUGAGGAGGGCAGAGACAGGUGUCCAUACGACCCAGCAAAGGGAUACACUGGCCUCCUCGUAGACGGUGAGAUGUUCACGGCCUCUCAGUACGAGUUUCGCAGCUCUCCAGACGUGCGCAGAAACUUCCCCUUCCCCACGCUCAGGACAGAGGAGGCGCCCACCCGGUGGCUUCUGGAGGCAGAUUUCGUGGGCUCCGUGCUGCUGAAGGAGAGCAUCAACAGCUCUAUCGGCGACGAUGACAAGAUUUACUUCUUCUUCACGGAGAGAAGCCAGGAGCAGGUUGCCUACCCGAGCCAGACCAAGGUGUCCAGGGUUGCCCGAGUCUGCAAGAAUGACUGGGGUGGCCAGAGGACCCUGCAGAGGAAGUGGACCUCCUUCCUCAAGGCCAGAAUGGUGUGUUCAGUCCCAGAAUAUGAGCUGCAUCUCAACAUCCUGCGCAGCGUGUUUGUCCUGCGGGGUCGAGACGCUCAAAGCAGCAUUUUCUACGGUGUCUUUGGCCUGGAAUGGAAGAAUAUCAAAGCAUCUGCUAUCUGCCAGUACGCCUUCUCAGAUGUGCAGAAGGCGUUCGAUGGGCCGUACAUGGAGGUGCAGGACUCGAAGUGGAGGGAGUACACCGGGAAAGUUCCAGAGCCGAGACCUGGAUCCUGUAUAACAGACCUGCACCGCUCCCAGAACAUCAACUCCUCUCGAGACCUCCCAGACAAUGUCCUCACUUUCGCCAGGAGGCACCCACUGAUGGCCAGCCAGGUGCACCCGAUGGGGGUGCGCCCGCUGAUGUUCAAGAGGAGCGUCAACUACGUGAAGAUCGCCGUGCACAAGGAGCCGGCGCUGGAUGGAAACAUUUAUACUGUUCUGUUUCUGGGAACUGAUGACGGGUGGCUGCACCGAGCCGUGGACAUCGACGGAGAAAUGCAUAUCAUAGAAGAGCUGCAGUUGUUUGAUAAACCCCAGCCCAUAGAGAGCAUGGUCAUAUCCUCUGCUCUGCGGAGUAUCUAUGUCGGCUCCCAGUCUGGAGUCAUGCAGGUACCGAUGUCGGCCUGCCGGAGGUACACUUCCUGUUAUGACUGCGUAUUUGCCAGAGAUCCAUUCUGCGGCUGGGACGGGAAGAUGUGUGUGGAAAUAUCUUCACGUGCUCAGAGGUCAAAUCUAACCCAGGAUAUCUUGAGAGGAGUCAGGGGCUGUAAGGAGAAUUCAGGAAAUGUUGUCCAUCGGAGGCGUUCUGUGAUGGCGGGCGACGAUGUGCUGCUUCAGUGCGAGCUGCGCUCCAACCUGGCGACUCCGCGCUGGACGCUAAACGGCAAAGAGCUCCAGGGAUACGGCCUCAAUUCGGGCUACCGCAUCGGCACAGAUGGCCUCCUCAUAAUCGGAGCUCGUGCCCAGCAGAGCGGGUCUUAUCGCUGCUUUGCUGUUGAGAACUCGGUCUCGGUCCUGAUUUAUCUGUACACAGUCAGGGUCCACACAGACUCGUACUUCCCCGUGGAGCCCACAGCCACGACUAACCCUACUACAGUUUCCAGCCCGACUGUUUUCUCCACCAGCAGCCCCACUGAGCAGCCGCUGCCCUCACCUCCCGCCCCGCUGCCUCCAGGACCUGAGUUCCAGACCUACAGACACAUGGAGGCCGUGUACAUUUCCCUGGUGGCGGUUCUCGGGGGGCUUUGCUUGGUGUUGACUGUGGUGUUGCUUUAUGUGAGCUUCUGCACCAGACGGGCCCCUCAGGACAGAAAGUUCUCCCAGCAGGGGCUGCACGUCCUGGGGGCCUCUGAGAGAAAGAGGAGCUCCCACCUGGAACUUAAAACCAUCUCCAGCCACUGCAAUGGCCGCCAGGGUCGUCUGUCCCUCUCGAUGCCAACCUUCGGGGACUUGGGUGAUGGCUUCCUCCAGAUAGUCCCAGGUGAGGGCCAGUUGUCCCCAACCAAAACACCUCCCCCAGCCCCUCCUCUUCCUAUGCCACCUCCGCUUCCCAACAUGGACUACGCCAACGGGCUGUCGGCCACGCUGCCCAGCGUGCUGAGGAAGAUGAACGGGAACAGCUACGUGCUGCUCAGGCAGGCCGACUCCGAGGGCAUGUCGCCGCUCUACCACUCCUUCACAGAGGAGCUCAACAGGAUCCUGGAGAAGAGGAAACACACACAGCUGGACCUGCAGCCUGAUGAGAGCUCCAUCUAGGGCACCCCUUUCAGUCUUUGUCCCACAGUUAUUUAUUUUUACCCCAGUGGUGACCUGUGGUUGUGGGGAGAACUGACUGUUGUAUGAAACGCUGCUGUUAUUUACCCAGUGUUAGAGAACCUGCAGGUCGUGUCCUAACCUGAUCCAAAAUGUGCAGCCUCCUGUGUUUCCCAUAACAAACGGCCCAUUGGACUACACUAACUACAGACUGCGACUCAACAAGUGGAGCUGUGAAAAAUUUGUUCCAUGGUCUGCACUAUAACAAAAUUACCACGAGUAGGGAGCUUAAUGAU